GGGCGGGGGCGUGGCGUGGCCGAGGUUGGCUGGUGGGAGCGGUUGCCGGCGGUUGCCAGGGCCCGGUUGCCAGGCGCCGGGGGGACGUGCGGGUAGGGGAAAGUAGGGGCAUCCGAGGCCUUCUGGACGUGACCCCUGCGGGUCUGCUGGCUCCCGCAGGCCGUUCCGCGGGGAUCGGCGGUGAAGAGAGGCCCGGAGGCGGCGGAGCUGCGGAUCGUAGCGGGGGAGCUGCCUGCUAAGAAACAGAGAGGGUCGAGCCCCUAGCCAGGCCCAGGCGUGGAGCCGGGCGGCGGCGGGAGAUGGCAGCGGCCGUCGUCACCAAGACGGCCUGGAAGCUGCAGGAGAUCGUAGCUCACAGCAGCAAUGUGUCCUCAUUAGUCCUGGGGAAGAGCACGGGCCGGCUGCUGGCAACUGGAGGAGAUGACUGUCGGGUCAACGUGUGGUCAGUUAACAAGCCCAACUGCGUCAUGAGCUUGACAGGCCACACGACACCCAUUGAGAGCCUACAGAUCAGUGCAAAGGAAGAACUCAUUGUUGCAGGGUCCCAGUCAGGGUCCAUUCGAGUCUGGGACCUGGAAGCUGCCAAAAUUCUCCGUACGUUACUUGGUCACAAGGCAAACAUCUGCAGCCUUGAUUUCCAUCCUUACGGAAGUUUCGUGGCAUCUGGCUCUUUAGAUACAGACAUUAAGCUCUGGGACGUACGAAGAAAAGGCUGCAUCUUCAAGUAUAAGAGCCACACACAAGCAGUGAGAUGUCUUCGGUUUAGUCCUGAUGGCAAGUGGUUGGCCUCUGCUGCCGAUGAUCACACUGUGAAGCUGUGGGAUCUGACUGCUGGGAAGGUAAUGUUUGAGUUUACAGGACAUUCUGGCCCAGUCAACGUCGUUGAAUUCCAUCCCAGUGAAUACCUUUUGGCUUCUGGCAGCUCUGACAGGACCAUUCGUUUCUGGGACUUGGAGAAGUUUCACGUUGUGAGCUGUAUUGAAGAGGAGGCUACUCCUGUCAGGUGUAUUCUUUUCAACCCAGAUGGCUGCUGCUUGUAUGGUGGCUUCCAGGAUUCUCUGCGUGUGUACGGCUGGGAGCCAGAGCGCUGUUUCGAUGUGGUCGUAGUGAACUGGGGAAAAGUAGCUGACUUAUCUGUCUGCCACAACCAGCUGAUAGGAGUUUCCUUUGCACAAAGCACAGUCUCUUCCUUUGUUGUGGAUCUCAGCAGAGUCACCAAGUCAGGUUCAGUUCCUCAUGGGCUGCUCAGGAACAACGAGCUUCUGGCUCAGCCCACUCCCACAGGGUCCUCCCUUCGUCGCAGCUAUGACAGACCCUCAACUAGCUGCAGCAAGCCUCAGAGCAGAGUGAAGCACAGUUCAGAGAGCGAGAGGCGCAGUCCCAGCAGUGAAGAGGACCGGGAUGAGAAGGAAUCCAAGGCUGAGAUCCAGAACCCAGAGGAUUACAAAGAGAUCUUCCAGCCCAGGAAUGCCAUCUCUCGAACUCCUCCUCAUAUCAAUGAGCCCUUUCCAGCCCCCCCAGAGGAUGAGCCCAUAACUGCAAAGGAAGCAGUGAAGCCUAACCAACCUGUGGAAGUCCAGACCCCGCUGCCAAAGCAAGAGCUUCCUGAGACAUUUCAGAGGCCACCAAUUGCUUCCUCAACUCCUAUGCCCAGAGCAGAGCCAUCAGUCAUUCCUGCAGCCAGGAACGAGCCCAUUGGCCUGAAAGCCUCUGACUUCCUACCAGCUCUGAAAAACCAAAGCCAGGCUGAACUCACGGAUGAAGAAAUCAUGUCCCAGAUCAGGAAAGGCCACAAGACUGUGUGCAUGGUGCUCACCAGCCGCCACAAGAAUCUGGACACUGUGAGGGCUGUAUGGAGCACCAGUGACAUGAAGAACUCUGUGGACGCUGCGGUAGCAACCAACGACCUGUCUGUUGUUGUGGACCUCUUGAACAUUGUCAACCAAACUGCAUCUCUCUGGAAGUUGGAUUUAUGCACCGUAGUUCUGCCUCAAAUAGAAAAACUUCUCCAAAGUAAAUAUGAAAGUUAUGUGCAAACGGGCUGCACCUCCUUGAAACUCAUCCUUCAGAGAUUCCUGCCACUGAUCACCGACAUACUUGCUGCACCACCUUCUGUUGGAGUGGACAUCACCAGAGAGGAGAGGCUCCAUAAAUGCAGGCUGUGCUACAAGCAGCUGAAAAACAUCAGCAACAUUGUCAAGAACAAAUCCGGGCUCAGCGGCCGCCACGGUAGUGCCUUCAGAGAACUGCAUCUCCUCAUGGCUGUGCUGGAGUGACAGCUGCCCCCUCCACACGUGCAAACACAGGUGGCCAAACUCCCCUCUGCGCUCGGUCUGGCUGGGUUGCACCUCUCUGCGUGUUCACCCUUCCCCACGGCACAGUAGGGAACACGGAUCUGCCUGGCCGGCCUGAAGCCAGGCCAGAAGCAGUGCCUGGAGGGGCAGGUGGGAGACUGGAGUGGAGCAACGUGAGGGGACCUGGCUGCAAAAUGUCCCUGUUGCGGAGCAGCUUCGUUUCAGCUCUUCACCUCACCGCCAAGCGCUGUGUCUGUGUGCUGACCUUGCCCUGAGUGCAGGGCUCCAGGCCUGCUGCCACCUCUUCACCCACGCGUGCCGUUGGUUCUUUGCCACUUGGCUCUGGCGGCCAGGCCCGCUCCCUGUGCAGCACACCAAGGACUGCAGCUUCUUCCCCACUAAAGCCUGCUGUGGGGUGAAGAGCCCUGUCCCUGCAGAAAGGACUUACCCUCCAGGCGGGCGGGACCGGCCCCUUUAGCUUGCUGCAAAAAAUGUGAGCCAGGACACUGUGCCGCUGCGCGGGGCGUAGUCACAGGGGGCAACAGUACUGAGGGGAAGUUGUCCUCUGGCUUCUCUGCAUCCCUGCAGGUAACCCUGUGCCACAGAAGAUGGAUUUGAGGUCCGCCUGGACGUGCUGACAUACAUGACUUCGUUAGGACUUGUCAUACGUGUUUGCCUUUGGGGGUGAGGGUGGAGGAACAGAGGGACGCGGACGGAUGUCUUUCUGCAUCCACUGGACCACUCAUAGGGACUUCUUUUUUCCUAAUAAAUGGCUGUCAGAACUUUCUGUCCCUCUUUCUUCUUUCCUGUGGGGGGAGAGGCUCCUGCCGGUGCUUCCCCUGCUCCUCCAGCUCUGUCUCCUGGUUUUAUACACUGGAGCCUGUUCUCUAGGAAACUGUAACUUAUAACGAAUUUUAUUAAAAGAUUUGUAACUUUGUUUUUAA